AUGCUGCCGGGAAAUGCCAUCGUUACUCGCCGGAGACGGGUUGCUACAGCAUUCGUCUUCUUCAUGUUCCUUAUUGACAUCGCUGAAUCUAACAAUUCUCAGGUCCGAUGCAGCAAAACUUGUGUUGCGGAGAAUUGUAACUCGGUUGGGAUUAGAUACGGGAAGUUCUGUGGAGUUGGGUGGACCGGGUGUCCCGGAGAGAAACCUUGUGAUGAAUUGGAUGCUUGUUGCAAGAUCCAUGACGAAUGUGUUGAGAAAAAUGGUUUAACCAAUAUUAAAUGCCAUGAGAAGUUCAAGAGGUGCAUAAAAAAAGUACAGAAAUCUGGGAAGAUUGGUUUCUCCAAUGCCUGCCCAUAUGAUACAGCUGUGCCUACAAUGGUACAGGGUAUGGACAUGGCCAUUUUAUUUAGCCAGUUUGGUAACUCAAAGCUUGAACUUUAA